GAGGACAAAUAAUAUAUUUAUUGAUGCUCAUGAGCUUGUUGUGAUAAGUUUCAAGAGUAGAAUCUCUCUAACAAUGCUGAUGGCUACCUUGGCAGCACCCACUUUUCUCUUUUCUAGAACACAAUUGGAGGGCAGGAGUAGCAUUUCAUCCAACUCACAUAUCCUGGAUAAGAGGUCUUCUAAAAGAUUGCAUUGUCAAUUGAAGCAAUGUCUGAUGAAUGGCAUUUUGUCAGGAGAAAUCCAGGCGAGCCACUCAAGCUACGCUUCUCUUUUGAAAGAAUGUGCGAAGCUGAGUACCCUCUCAGAAACCAAAGCACUCCAUACUCAAAUAAUUAAAUUGGGAUUAUCUGAAUCAAACACCAUCUUGGCAAAUCAUUUGGUUAAUGCAUAUGUCAAAUGCCAGAGUGUUUCAGAAGCACGCCAAGUGUUUGACAACAUACCCCAACGAAAUGUGGUAUCGUGGACCGCUAUGAUUUCAGGCUAUGCACAGAAUGGAUAUAAUGUGGAGGCAAUUGUGCUUUUCUGUGCAAUGUUGGAAGCUGGUAUGAAGCCUAAUACGUUUACCCUUGGUAGUGUGCUUAGCGCGACUGCAAGACGCGGUGAUAUUGAACAGGGAAGGCUGGCUCAUGGCUACAUAAUAAAGACUGGGUUUCAGUGGGAUGCCUGUGUGGGAAAUGCUUUAUGCACCAUGUUUGUGAAAUGCGGGAGUAUGGUGUCUGCACGCCAAGUGUUUGACAAAAUGCCUGAACGAAAUGUUAUAUCUUGGACAGCAAUGUGUACAGGGUAUGUGGAAAGUGGUGAUAUUGGGCAAGCGUUCAAUAUUUUUCGACUAAUGCAGCUGUCAGGGAUAAAGCCAAACCAAUUCACUUUCACUUCUGUCCUUAGCGUAUGUGGCUGCUUCUCAGUGGGGGAACCGGGUAAACAGAUUCAUGCUUGUAUUAUUAAAACAGGGUUUGAACAGACUGUCCCUGUGGAUAAUGCGAUUCUUGACAUGUAUGCAAAAUGUGGGAAGAUAGAAGAUGCACGGAAGAUGUUUGAUGGAAUGCCUAAAAGGAAUUUGGUUUCAUGGAAUGCAAUAAUUGCAGGGUAUUCCCAGGCCGAGGAUUGUCUUAAGGAAACUCUCAAACUCUUAGAGGAAAUGCAGCUAGCUGGCAUGAAACCUGACCUUUUCACGUUUGCCAGUGUUCUCAGUUCAUGUGCUACUGGUGUUUCACUGGAACAGGGUAAGCAGAUCCAUUUGAGCACAAUAAAAGCAGGAGUAGAGUCAGAUGUUGCUGUGGGGAGUGCUCUUAUUACCAUGUAUUCAAAAUGUGGAAGCAUUGACGAUGCAAAUAGAGUGUUUGGUCAUAUGAUUGAUCGGAACGUUGUUUCAUGGACUGCAAUGAUUAUAGGAUAUGCUCAACAUGGAUAUGCUCAAGAGGCUCUUGCUUGUUUUCAGGAAAUGGAACAAGCUGGUGUAAAGCCAAAUCAUAUUACCUAUAUUGGUGUUCUUUCAGCUUGUAGUCAUGCAGGUCUCGUGGAUGAUGGCAAGAAUUACUUCAAUUCCAUGACAAAAGACCAUGGCAUUUUGCCAAGCAUGGACCAUUACGCAUGCAUGGUAGACCUUUACGGCCGCGCAGGUCGCUUCAAUGAAGCAAUGGGAAUUCUUAAGAGGAUGCCAUUUGAGCCUGGUGCUUUGGUAUGGCGCACCUUGCUUGGUGCUUGCAGAAUCCAUGGUGAGAUGGAAGCAGGAAAAUAUGCAGCAGAAAAGCUUCUUGAGUUAGAACCAGAAGACGCCGCAACAUAUGUUUUGCUGUCAAAUAUGUAUGCAUCGGCUGGCAGAUGGAGUGAUGCAGUAAAUAUAAGAAAAAUGAUGAGAAACAAUGCAAUAGUAAAGGAACCGGGGCAGAGCUGGAUCGAGGUGAAGAACAAAGUGCAUGCAUUUGUAGCAAGAGAUGGAUCACACCCACAAACAGAAAAGAUUUAUGCAAUGUUGGAGAAGUUGAGAAUGCAAUUAAAGGGGGCAGGAUAUGUACCAGACACAAACUUUGUCUUGCAUGAUAUGGAGGAGGAGCUGAAGGAAUCUAUUCUGUGGCAUCACAGUGAGAGACUUGCCAUUGCGUUCGGGCUUAUUAGCAUCCCCUCUGGUACACCCAUCCGUAUUGUUAAGAACCUUCGUGUGUGUGGUGAUUGCCACACUGCUACGAAGUUCAUCUCCAAAAUUGUUGGGCGAGAAAUAGUUGUGAGGGAUGCCAAUCGCUUCCAUCACUUCAAGGAUGGUCUCUGUUCAUGUUCAGAUUAUUGGUGAUUGAAUUGAAAAAAGCAACAUACAAUAUGGCGUUCUACAUCAGAAGCAAACUGUAGGCAACACGAGCGAGAAACUGGAUGCUAUUGUCACUUUGGUUCAAUGGAUCCAACUCCUAGUUGCAGAACACAGACAUUUAAAUUGGUUGGGAGGUUAUUGGAUCAGUAAAUGGAGAUAAUAACUUCAGGGCCGUCUUAUAACAGUUCUUGUAAGGCAACCACUGUGAUAAUGUUUUGUAGUUCUCUAGGAGAGAUAUGCAUGGGACAUGAUACCAUCUGCAGCAGUAUUAAAAUGCAGAGAUAUUGACACGGGCGUUACAAUGUGCUCAUUUCUCACACCAGCUCAAGCUAAACCAAGGUUAUACAGUGAUGAGCGUAGGUGAAUCCCCUGUGCAAACUUAAUGUUAUGGGUUAAUUCAGAUCCAAUUAAUUGAGGCAAUAUCCCUUUGUUCCAGAAACAUGAAUUUGAAGAAGUAAUAACUCUAAGCUUUGAAACAUUUUUCACAAACGUGCACCAGCGUUUCAAUGCCUAUCAAGAGCCUCUUACAUUUGAGAGACAAGAAAUACGAAUAAAAUUGGUCAUGUAACGUACAUAUUGUGAAAUGGAGUAUAGCCAAACCCUUCACUCUUUGUGAAGUAAAUCCAAAUGAUUUCAACAAAGUAAAUGCUGCUCAAGUUAUAAUGCAAGACAACCUGAGGACUAAAUAGUUAACUUUGCAAAUCCACAGUUUCAAAAGUGGAGCUAUGCCAAUGAAGACAGAUAGAACAAAUGCAAGAGCUUAAAUUUUUUUCAGAUAAUGCUUUGUACUUGGACAGGUAGUUUCAUAUCAAGAAACGUUCAAUAAUCUCCAACCCAUCAAAUUAGAAAGAUGCCCAAGGAAAUGAAAAUAUGUUAGCUCUUCCUUAGUUGUCCUAUUAAGGAUGUGUAAAUCUAAAGUUUCAUAAUCAUGACCUCUUUAAUGGCAACUCGGACAGCUCUUGGGAGAGCUACUACAUGAACUCGAAGGCUAUACAAGAUCCUGUCUCUUUCCUUGAUUGUCCUCAAUGUGAUUAAUUUUUCUACCAGGUCUGCUCAUAUAGAGUUUGCACAAAUUAUUAUUCAAGCUCUUUGGUCUCUAUUACGUAAACAACUUGAAAACUUCCUUUGCCGUGCUGUAAUUAGAUGAGCAAGAAACUCUUAAUCUUCAAAAUAAAAUUCACGCAGAGCUUCCAACUAGUCAAUCCGCAUGUAGGGAUCCCUGUGAAGUAAAAGGUUGGUUUGUCAACCAUCAAGUUAGCCUGUUUCCUCCACAUAAGAGCCAUCGUGGAAAUACCUGCAACCAGUAAAAAGAGGUUCACUGGGAUAAGGAAAUGAGUCCUGAUAUCUAAUAAGGUGCCUCUAAGGGUAAUCUGCAUGGAGAAAAUAAAUAAAUGUGGUCGCAAAAUUUGGAAGCAGUAGCUUUUGCAGAUUUAUAUUGUUAACAAUACAAUACCAUUAUGAUCAUAAUACCAAUUCCUAAGCUUAGAAGCUUAGACCACCUAUUUAUGUUCUAUUACAAUUGUAUAAAUUAUGGCUAGAACCCAAUCAUUCAUGAUUACGUACUUCAGAUUAGUACUCUUGUUAUAGGUGGUUCCAAAGCUGUGUUGUAUGUAUCUAUGUUUGGAAAUGUAAAAUACUGUACUCU